AUGCGGCUGGGUGUGAAGCGCUGUGUCUUCAGCGAGGCCCCGCGUCUGCAACAGCCCGCGGUUGUCAGCCAGGUCCUCUAUAAAGCAGUGGACGUCAAGUUUGAUCGUAUGAUAAACCUCGCAGAGUUGACCCCUUACAUCCUGUGUUCCAUCUGCAAAGGUUACUUUAUUGAUGCUACAACCAUUACAGAAUGUCUGCACACCUUUUGUAAAAGCUGCAUAGUGAGACACUUCUACUAUAGCAACAGAUGUCCAAAAUGCAAUAUCGUUGUACAUCAGACACAACCUCUUUAUAAUAUCAGGCUGGACCGGCAACUGCAAGACAUAGUUUAUAAAUUAGUCGUCAAUUUGGAGGAAAGGGAGAAAAAGCAAAUGCAUGACUUCUAUAAAGAAAGAGGAUUAGAAGUGCCCAAACCAGCUGUCCCACAGCCAGUUCCAGUGAGCAGAGGAAGACCUCGAAAAGUUCUGGGCUCUGUGUUCCGGAUCCCACCAGAGCUUGACAUUUCCAUACUUCUGGAGUUCAUUGGAGCUAAUGAAGGCACAGGGAAUUUUAAGCCUUUGGAAAAGAAGUUUGUGCGUGUUUCUGGAGAGGCAACAAUUGGACAUGUGGAGAAGUUCCUUAGACGAAAAAUGGAUCUGGACCCUGCUUGUCAGGUGGACAUAAUAUGUGGUGAUCACCUGCUAGAACACUACCAGACUCUGAGGGAAAUUCGUCAAGCCAUAGGAGAGAGUGCAGUACAGGAUGGUUUACUUGUUCUGCACUAUGGCCUGGUGGUAUCUCCAAUGACUGUAACUUAA